ACCGCCAGGACGCGGGUCCCGUGUGCAGCUGGCCGCGAAAGCCGCUGCCGCCCGAGCCCCGCACCAGUCCCCCCGCCCCAUGGCCCUGGGCGCGCCACUCCGAGUUCCAGCUUCCAGAGGAGGCUCCGGCAGGCGGCCAACGCUGGGCAGGCAGCCCAGCCUCGGCGCUCCGCCUAGGCUGCGACCUCGAGUCCUCGGCCCACGGCAGCCACGCCCAGGGAGCCGCGGAUCCCUGCCGCCCCUGGGCCCUCGCCCACCCCGGCCCAGGAGGACGACCCGCCGCAGGACGGUUCUCUUGUCCUUUGGCGAGGAUUCUCCAAGGCGUCUCAACACAUGGGCCGGCUCAGAAACGCCAAGAUCCACGUGGAGAGAGCUAUCAAGCAGAAGAAGAUUUUCAUGAUCCAAGGCUGCUACCCUGUGAUCCGGUGGCUUUUGCGCCGGAGGGGCUGGGUGGAGAAGAAGAUGGUCCAUCACUUGGGUACCACGCUGCCACCACCACACAAGGAUCUGGGUGACAGUGACACCACUGAGGAUGAGGACGAAGAUGAGGAUGAAGCAUUCCGGCUACCACAGCUGUUCGACUUUGAUGAUUUACUGGAAUUUGAUGACCUGCAUGGGACGCAUGCUCUGAUGUCGCGCAUGGUUCGGAACGAGGUCCCCUACUUCAUCUGGACCACUCGGCGGAACAUGCUGGACUGUCGCUUCCUCUCCAAGGAUCAAAUGAUAAACCACUAUGCCCAGGCGGGCUCCUUUACCACAAAGGUGGGUCUGUGUCUCAAUCUCCGGAAUUUGCCGUGGUUUGACGAGGCCGAUGCCGACUCCUUCUUCCCGCGCUGCUACCGCCUGGGGGCUGAGGAUGACAAAAAGGCCUUCAUAGAGGACUUCUGGCUGACAGCUGCCCGCAACGUUCUCAAGCUGGUGGUAAAGUCAGAAUGGAAGUCAUACUCUAUCCAAGCAGAAGAGGCAGAGGCCCCAGGAGACAAGCAGCCCAAAAAACAAGAGAAAAAGCCGGUGACGGUGUCCCCAGAGUUUGUGGAUGAGGCUCUGUGUGCCUGCGAGGAGCACCUUAACAACGUGGCCCACGUGGACAUUGACAAGGACAUGGAGGCCCCGCUCUACCUGAGCCCUGAGGGCUGGUCCCACUUCCUCCAGCGCUACUAUCAAGUGGUCCACGAGGGGGCAGAACUCAGGUACCUCGACACUCAGGUCCAGCGCUGUGAGGACAUCCUGCAGCAGCUGCGGGCCGUGGUGCCCCAGAUGGACAUGGAAGGAGAUCGCAACAUCUGGAUCGUGAAGCCGGGAGCCAAGUCCCGUGGACGAGGCAUCAUGUGCAUGGACCACCUGGAGGAGAUGCUGAAGCUGGUGGAUGGCAAUCCUAUGAUGAUGAAGGACGGCAAGUGGGUGGUGCAGAAGUAUAUUGAGCAGCCCCUGCUCAUCUUUGGCACCAAGUUUGAUCUGAGACAGUGGUUCCUGGUGACCGACUGGAACCCGCUUACUGUGUGGUUCUACCGUGACAGCUACAUCCGCUUCUCCACACAGCCCUUCUCCUUGAAGAACCUGGACAACUCCGUGCACCUGUGCAACAACUCCAUCCAGAAGCACCUGGAGAAUUCGUGCCACCGACACCCACUGCUGCCCUCAGAUAACAUGUGGUCAAGCCAGAAGUUCCAGGCCCACCUGCAGGAGAUGGGGGCCCCGAACGCCUGGUCCACCAUCAUCGUGCCUGGCAUGAAGGCUGCGGUGAUCCACGCCCUGCAGACCUCCCAGGACACCGUGCAGUGUCGGAAGGCCAGCUUCGAGCUCUAUGGCGCUGACUUUGUGUUCGGUGAGGACUUCCAGCCCUGGCUGAUCGAGAUCAACGCCAGCCCCACCAUGGCACCCUCCACAGCUGUCACCGCCCGGCUCUGUGCCGGCGUACAGGCCGACACCCUGCGCGUGGUCAUCGACCAGCGGCUGGACCGCAGCUGUGACACGGGGGCCUUUGAGCUCAUCUACAAACAGCCUGCCGUGGAGGUGCCCCAGUAUGUGGGUAUCCGGCUCCUAGUAGAGGGCUCCACCAUCAAGAAGCCCCUGGCGAUGUGUCACCGGCAAAUAGAAGCCCGCCCAGCCCUCCCUCACCUGCUGACCCAGCGAGGCUCUGGGGAAGCCCAUCACCACUUCCCCACCCUCCACAGCACGGCCCAGCUGCCUUCUCCCCGUGUGCUCCGACCCCAGGGGCGGGGCCUCAGACUACAGCACAGCAGGCUGGUGGGCUCUGAGGCCCUGUCGACCACAGGCAAGGCCUUGAUGACUCUACCUACUGCCAAGGUUUUGAUUUCCCUCCCACCUAACCCUGAGCUCAAGCUGGCACCCAACGCCCUGAAACCAAGAAAGGUGGGCCUCGAACGUGCUUUCAUGGUCCCCCACUUGGAAGUAACUUGUGGUCUCAACGCUUUGAAGUUGGAAAUCUUCCUAGCAUCCGUAGGAAGAUCAAGGCCAAAGGCAACUUCAAGGCCAGACUGCGACAAACCCAAGGCUGAGACAUGCCUCAUGGCGACACUGAGCCUUCCGGGACCCCUGCCCCUUAUCAGUGCACACCAGGGUCUGGGGGGCAUGAGGGACGUGUGGGUACAGAAGUCCUUGCUUCGAUCGUCACUGCCCUCAUCCUGGACGCAGCACCAAGUAAAAAAGCAAAUGAAGUAUUUGAGGCUUGGCUCCUUUUCUCUUAGAGGGUGAAGAGAGAGUAGGGUGCGGCUCUGUACCCCAAGGUCCAGAACAAGAGCUAGAGGCCAAUCAGCAACUCCUCCACAAAGCAAGGCCCAGAAUUCCCAUCCAGUGACAGACAUGAGGCAUCCUGUCCAGGGACUCCCCUGGCAUCUCUGAUCUCGGAGUGGGAGGAUAAGUGUCAUGUUACAGAUGAGGAAACUGAGUCUGAACGAGGAGACAUGGCUUGCCCAAGAUCAUGUGGCAGUGAGCAGAAGGCUGGGACACAUUACCACGACUGCUGAGCCCUGCGGGUCUCCCCAGUCCCCAGGCCCAGAGGCGCUGGGCUGGCAGCAGAAUGACAUCUAAUGGGCACAAGAUUUACAGCAGGAGACACAGCAGAAGAGUGGACCCAGCCCUUCUCCAGAUGAAGUGGGUCUCUCCCUUCCUCUGCAAGGGGCCAAGGUCACCUAAAAAGGAAAUAUCCAAUAAGCUACACCCAUCUGAAAAAGUUUGGUAUUUCUUAAUUGUAAUGGGUUGAACAUUGGUAUGUCUUCCUGGAACCUGUGAAUAUGACUUUAUUUGGAAAAAAGGGUCUUUGUAGAUGUAAGUACAUUAAAGAUUUUUAGAUGAGAUCAUCCUGGAUUAUCCAGAUGGGGCCUAAAUCCAAUGACAAGUGUCCUUACCAGAGACAAGAGAAGACAAACGAGGAGAAGGCCAUGUGGAGACAGAGGCAGAGGCUGGUGUGAUGCAGCCACAAGCCAGGAAGAGGCAAGGAAGGAUUCUCACCUAGAACCUUCAGGGAGAGCACAGCCCUGCUGACACCUUGAUUUUGGACUUAUGGCCUCCAGAACUGGGAGAGAAUCCAUUUCUGUUGCUUUAGGCCACUCAGGUUGUGGUAAUUUGUUGCAGCAGCAGCCCUAGGAAACUAACACACUAGUCAAAUGAAGAUACAUAAAUUCUGUAUAUUUAUGAAUCCAUUCUUGCACAGCUGAACCAGGAGAUGCGUACAGGCGGGCUCACAGCAGCACUGUGGUAACAGCUGACGACCUAAGUGUCCAUUAACAGUCAGAUGGGUAGACUGCAAGCUCUGACAUUCCAACUCCGCGCCACACAACGGAUGCAUUUCACAGGGUAGAGCGAGAACAAGUCUCAAAAGGAUAUAUGCAGCACAAUUCCAUUCCAACAGAAACUUCAGAAACAGGGAAAAAGGAAAUAUAUUGUUUAAGGA